AUGCCCUACAUGAUCCUCAUAAGAUACGACCAGAAGGUGAAUGCAUCCUUGGUGAAAUCCUAUGACAAUUUUGGGUUCGCGCAAUCCAAUCCACAAGCUCUUGACCAUGAACAAGGUCAUAGGCACAGUAUCAAUGACUACAUGAAGCUCCAGCAGUAUACGAUGAACCUUCCUGAUGAAGUGUUCCACCAUCAUGUCAUCAUGGAUCUUGCUGAAUGCAUCACAGACUUAGUUCUGAUUGAUAAUGUAAAUCAGUUUUGGGACAUGAUCUUGUACAACAAAGAACAAGCGGCUGGGAACAAAGACCACAACAUGAUCAGUAUUAUCAUGUUGGAAGUUGGUCUUGACAUAAGUGGUGCAAUGGCUUGGGCAGCGCAUUAUCAUGCCGAAGUUCAGAAAUGA